UAUCACAAAGAAAAAGCUAUUUGGUUCUGUUCCAAAAGGCGAAAGAACAUAAGUAAACUCAGACUGCUGAGAGAGUGAGCAUUUGAUAUCACCAGGGAGUGUUUUUCGGUGGAAAAGAUCUACUGAAGUGUUUUGACAAUGGUGGAAGAAGAAGAUACAAAGGCAACCGUUGAGCCAACAGCAACAAAUACUAGCUCUAUUGAAAAGUCAUCAGAGGCUACGGAAGGAAAACAAGAGGAGGAGAAUACUGGAGGUAAGGAAACACAAGUGGCUAAAAAGGGUGAGGAGAAGACUGAACCAGAGAAAAUGGAGAUAGAUGCUGAGAUAAAGAAAGAUGAAGAUAAAGAAGACACUGUAAAAAUGGAAGAAGACGUUACUGUCACCAAAGAUGAGGGACAAACAGAGGCUACCAAGAUGGAUGAAGAUGCAAAUGGACAGAAAGAGCAAACUGAUGAUGGUGUUUCUGAUGGUGGUACAGUGGAAGAUACUGUAAUGAAGGAAAAUGUGGAGUCUAAAGACGGUAACAAUGCUAAAGAUGACGAAAAGGAAGAGAGUAAAGAGACAAGUAUUACUGAAGCAGAUCAGAAGAAAGCUGAGAAAGAAUCAGAAAAGGACGUAAAAAAUGAUGGUGAAAAGGCAAAUGGAACAAAAGAUGGGAAUACAGGAGACAUCACAGCGGAAGAUAUAAAGGUGGACACUGUUGAUGAAAAUAACAACGAGGAGAAUGUGAAGGAGCAGAAUAAGAAGGAUUUGGAUGAAGAAGGAAAAGAACAGGAAGAUAAGGAAGAUGAAGCGCCAAAGGAAAAGGUGGAAGAUGAAGAAAGAAACGAGGAUGCUAAUGACAAACAAGUUGAGAGCAAACAUGCAAAGGAAGAUGAGAAAGAAGCUAGAAAUGAUGAUAAGAAAGAUGAAAAAGCUGAGAAUGGUGAUGAUAGGGAAGAAGAGAAAGAAGAGAGCAAGAGUUCUAAAAAGCGGGUGAAAGGAAAGAGUUCUGGGGAGAAGGUUCGUCAGAAGACAAAGAAGGAAGAAGACAAAAAGGAUGCAGAACCAAAGACUCCUUUCUCUGAUCGCCCUGUGCGUGAGCGAAAAUCUGUUGAGAGGCUUGUCGCAGUGAUUGAUAGUGACUCUUCCAAAGAAUUCCAUAUCGAAAAGGUUUGCCAAUACUUUAUUAAGCUCAGUAAAAAUUAUUUGCUAGAUGUGCUCAUAAUUAUCUUUGGGAUAUUCCAGGGGCCAGGUUCAUAUCUCAAAGAUAUUCCCAACGUUGCUUACAAGAUAACAAGGAAGAAGUCAGAUGAAUCUUUGAAGUUGCUGCACACAAUUCUAUUUGGUGGGAGGAGAGGGAGGGCUGCUCAAAUUAAGACAAACAUAUUGGCCUUCUCAGGUUUUGUUUGGCAUGGAAAUGAGGAAAAGGCAAAAGAUAAAAUAAAAGAGAAGUUUGAUAAAUGUAUCAAAGAAAAACUGUUGGAGUUUUGCGAUAUUUUUGACAUACAUGUUACCAAGGCUACAACAAAGGAGGAUAUCGUCACAAAACUGUUUGAGUUUUUGGAGAAACCUCAUGUGAAAGGGGACACUCUAGCUAAAGAGAAAGAGAAUUCGAGUAAGGGAGCCAAACGCAAGAGAACUCCAAAGAAAAGCUCCCCUGCAGCUGGGAGUUCAUCCUCCAAACGAUCAGCAAAGAGCCAACGAAAGUCUGAAGAAGGAACAAAGGCUGGCAAAAAGAGUUUAGCUCUUUCUGAAGACGAGUCUGAAGAGGAGAAAGAGGAAGAGGAGGAGAAUGAAAAUGGUAUUCCCGAUAAAUCUGAGGAUGAGGCACCUCAGCCUUCUGAAAGCGAGGAGAAAGAUGAAUCUGAGGAGCAUUCUGAAGAGGAAACACCAAAGAAGAAACGCGGUUCUAAAUUAUCAGCUGAGAAGAAAGAAUCAGCAGGGAGAGCCAGGAACAAGAAAGCGUCUGUCGCUGCAAAAUCCAGCCCAACCGAGAAAGUUACACAGAAGCGAUCAUCAGUAAAACGAAAGAAGACAGAUGAUGACAAUGAUAUAAGUCCAAAGGCGUCCUCUAAGAAGAAGUCUGAAAAAGUUACCAAGGUCUCCUCCACCCCUUUAAAGUCUGCAUCAAAAGAGAAGCCAGAAGUAAAAGGGGCUGGAAAAGGGAAAGAAACCAAAGGGCCAAGCGAUAAAGUGUUGAAAAAUGCAAUCGUUAAGAUAUUGAAAAAGGUGGACUUUAAUACGGCUACAUUCACGGAUAUCAUCAAAGAACUUGCUAAGGAGUUCAAAGAGGAUCUCACCCCAGGAAAGUUAUCUAUAAAGCGGAUGAUCCAAGGUGAGCUCACCAAAUUAGCAGAAAAGGCUGAAGAAGAAAAGAUAGAGGAGGAGAAAGAAGAGGAUGCAGAGAAGGAGAAAGCAGGAGGGCCUGCCGGUGGUGAGGAGGUGAAAGCAGGAGGGUCUACUGGUAGUGAGAAGGUGGAAGCCUAAGACACUUUUCUGAUCACAUGGCACAUACUGAGACUCUUUCUCCUAGCCUACUGUUGUUGUAUGAUACCUAGUUAUCUGGCAGAUGUAUAAGUUAAAACUGUGGAUGUGAUCUUUUCUUGUUUUGUUUAGAGUCUGAAUCAUCUUUACUUUUGGUAAGAUACAAGAGGAAGGAGCUGCAAAGCCUAAAGAAGAUAGGUUGCUUGUAUGUCUAUACCAUUUAACAUAAAGCCUUCCUUGGGUUGUCGUUUGAUUUGUAAGGGUCUCUCUUUCAGACAUUGUCCAGUUUUCUUAGUACGGUAACGGUAGUACCCUUCACCUGGUAGCAGAGGAGGCCAAUGAAGGGUAACAUUCAACAGAUGCCUUAAAAGAGCUUUUAUAUGGAGCUUUCUUUCUG